AUGCUGGCGGAAGCGGGAAAGGCGGAUGACGAGGAGGAGUGGGGGGAAGAGGCGGAAGAUUGGGGGGAGAUCGACUGGGGGAGAGAAGGGGAGUGGAACGCGGGAGGGGGAGGGCAAGCGCAGGGGCGCGGAAUCGAAGUUUUCUGGGCCUCAGACAUUAAAAUCGGGGGGGGGAAUGGUGAAAUGUCACUUCCCGCCUCCUCUUCCGCCCCCUCUUCCCCCUCGCCCCCUACUUCCGCCUCUUCCGCCCCUCUCCCUCCCCCUCCCCCCCAUCUUUUCCUCUCUCACCUCCGCUCCGCCGCUCUUGCGCCCUGCGUGCUCCUCCCCGCCGCCCCUGCUCCCCCUGGUCAGGGGGAAAGGGGGGAGGGGCGAGGCGGAGGGGAGGAAGGGGGGAACUCGGGGGCAGAGAGGGAGGCGCAAGGGUCGGGGGCAGCGCAGGUUCGGGUGGUGGCUGGGCGGUUCAGGGACUCCUUAUGUCAUUCCGCGAGUCCUUAUUUCUUUAAUCCCCACUGUCACUAUCGUCCCUCACUCCCACACAUCACUCCGCCCCUCGCUUACAACUUCCUCUCUCUGACACUUUCUCUCCUUCUUUUCCUUCCUGUCAUCUGCACUCUCUCUCCCUCUUUUCCUUCCUGUCAUUUGCACUCUCUCUCCCUCUUUUCCUUCGUGUCAUUUGCACUCUCUCUCCCUCUUUUCCUUCGUGUCAUUUGCACCCUCUCUCCCUCUUUUCCUUCGUGUCAUUUGCACUCUUUCUCCCUCUUUUCCUUCGUGUCAUUUGCACUCUCUCUCCCUCUUUUCCUUCGUGUCAUUUGCACCCUCUCUCCCUCUUUUCCUUCGUGUCAUUUGCACUCUUUCUCCCUCUUUUCCUUCGUGCCAUUUGCACUCUCUCUCCCUCUUUUCCUUCGUGUCAUUUGCACCCUCUCUCCCUCUUUUCCUUCGUGUCAUUUGUACUCUCUCUCCCUCUUUUCCUUCGUGUCAUUUGCACUCUCUCUCCCUCUUUUCCUUCGUGUCAUUUGCACUCUCUCUUCGUGUCAUCUGCACUCUCUCGCUCACCGAACUCUUGCCCUUCAAUCGAACCUCAUGCUGCACGUGUACAUGCGGCCAGGGACAGCUGUCAACAUCCCAUUGGCCCGCACUCAGUCCGCCCUCAUAUACGUGCUCGAGGGCGUGGCGAUGUUUGGUCCGAGAGGAGAGGCCGUGUUUCAAAACGAGGGUCACUCCCUGCUUUUCCCUGCAGCACCAUGUGCCACGUCAGCUGCCACGUCAGAUGCCGCGUCAGACAUGGUUAAGGAAAGAGAUUCCGCAGUGGGUGGCGCAGCAGGCAUGGGAGCAGGGGGGAAAGAGGAGGAUUGGAUUCGGGUGGAGUCGCACAGUUGGGGAGGAGUGGAGUUUGUGCUGGUAGCUGGCCAAAGUUAG